CGCUCGUAUUCCCGCUACCAAAACGACACCACCAUGAAGAUGUAUAAGCAGGGGCGGUUGUUGGUAUGACUUCAGUGAUCAAGCCUUUUUCUCGAAGAGCUGUUCGAGAUGCCAACAGUUUCACACCUUAGGCGCGGCAGAAACCUAGGUUGUUGAAUUACGCGGUCUUCUCACAGCUUCGCGACGACGUGGUCGGCACCGCCGUCUUCGCUUCUGUUGCAGCGGCAUGCACUUCAUCAACAUUAACACCGAUGUGCUUACACGCAUGUCGCGGUUUAUACCUGUAGGAAGGUCUUUCUUUGUGCGCCACCUUUUUGCGCUGAUGCCAUUAUUGAGUGUGCUGCUAACGGGAAGAGUAAAUCUCUCCGCUGGCUGUUACGCGGUAGAAUGCCCAGAUCUGGACGGUGGGAUCAGUGCGCCUUCCAGGAAAUUCUCGGUGUUUCACUAUUACGCAGAUUGCGAAGUGCUCCGCUCCAUAUUUGAGCACGGUCGAGCAGAUCAGCUACGCCAAAAACGCCUCCAUCACUCCGUUCCUCGGCGAAUUCGACGUCACGUUCGACCCAACGCCCGACAACGUUGCCGAUCUUGAGGCCGACGCCUACCAUGGUGUCGAGCUCGAUCCGAUCAUGAGCAUAGCAGAAUACCUCGACCUCGAUUUCUCCAAGUCUGUCAACGACGAUGGCGUUGCUUGA